UCUGCGCUCUUCGGUAAAAAUUCGGUUUUUAUUAAAAAUAAGAAUUUUAGGAAUUGGGAAUUUUUCUCCCAUUUCGCUUUCGGUCGUAUGAAUGGCUGUUUUGCACCCAAAUCUCUCAAACUCAUUCACCAAUCCACCGCCAUCAUUAGAGAAGCCCUUAAAAACCACAACUUUCUCACCUCCCUCCAAUGCGGGCACCUCUUGCAAGCCCUGACAGCCUCCAAGUGCUUCAAGAAAGCAUUGCAGCUCCAUGCCCACAUGAUCACUUGUGGUGUUCUCAUCCAGAACACCUACUUAAACACCAAGCUUUGUGCCAUGUAUGCAGCUUCUGGGAACAUGCCUGCAGCCAGAGUGAUCUUUGAUGGCAUUGUGUUAAAGAGCUCGUUUUUGUGGAAUGUGAUGGUUCGUGGAUAUGCUUGCAAUAAUUGUUCUCUUGAUUCUCUUGUUUUGUAUCUAGAUAUGCUUAGCUUUGGCAGAAGGGCUGAUAAUUUCACUUACCCGUUUGUUCUUAUGGCGUGUGGACAUCUUUUGCUUGUUGAGGUUGGUGAGAGGAUUCAUGGAGAGGUGGUGGUUAGUGGGUUUGAAUCGGAUGUUUAUGUGGCCAAUUCACUUGUUUCGAUGUACUCGAAGUUUGGUCAAAUGGGGAUUGCUCGGAACCUGUUUGAUAGAAUGCCUCAACGAGACUUGACUUCUUGGAAAACAAUGUUAUCUGGUUAUGUAAAGAAUGGUUAUCCGGAUGUGGCUCUUUCAUUACUCUCUUUAUUGAGUGUGAGUGAUGUGAGAAUGGAUCGCGCAACACUUGUUGGUGUGCUGCCUGCUUGCGCUGCUUUGGGUGCAGUGAAACAAGGGAAGGAAAUCCAUGCUUAUAUUCUGAGAAGCAGUCUGGAAUUCGAUGGGUUUUUGGCAAAUGCUUUGAUUGAUGUCUAUGUUAACUCUAACUUUGUGAUCGGUGCUAGACGAUUAUUUGAGAGGAUGAGUGAGAGGGAUAUCAUUUCCUGGAAUGCCUUGAUAUCUGGUUGCGCUCGCCACGGUGAUCCAAUGGAAUGCUUGAGUCUUUUCUGUCUGAUGAACUCUGAGGGUUUGCUGGUCGCAGAUGUAAUCACACUCAUUGCAGUUCUCGGUGCAUGUGAUCGAACAUCUGCCUUGCAAUUUGGGAGGAUCACUCAUGCUUAUCUCAUCAAAAGGGGUUUUGACAAGGAGAUCAUUGUGGGGACUGCAUUGAUAGAUAUGUAUGCCAAGUGCGGGAGUUUAGCUUGUUCUUGCCAUGCUUUUGAUGAGAUGGAAUCAAAGAAUUUGAUAUCAUGGAGUGCCAUGGUUUCUGGAUAUGGACUUCAUGGGAAAGGAAAGGAGGCUAUAUCUUGUUUUACCGAAAUGAAGUUAAAAGGAUUAAGACCGGACAGGGUUGCAUUCACCUCUGUUUUAUCUGCUUGCAGUCAUUGCGGAUUAGUUAAUGAAGGCAAGGAGCUCUUCAACCAGAUGUCCGAUGAAAACUCGAUAAAGCCUAGCAUAGAGCAUUACUCAUGUAUGGUGGACCUUUUAGGUAGAGCUGGUCAAUUAGAUGAAGCAUACAAGCUCAUCAUGGACAUGGACAUAAGACCUAAUGCUGAUGUCUGGGCUGCUCUUCUUUCUGCAUGCCAUACCCAUAGGAAUGUCGAGCUAGCAGAAAUUGCAGCAUUGCAUGUUUGCCAUCUUAAUCCAAAGAGAAUUAGUCCUUAUGUAACUCUAUCCAACAUCUAUGCAGUUGAGAACCGAUGGACUGAUGUCGAUAGAGUCCGGAAAGCAGCAAGGCGAAAUGGUCUGCGAAAACCACCGGGCUACAGUUUUGUGGAAUUAAACACAGAAAUUCAUAGGUUUAUGGUUGGAGAUAAAUCCCAUCCACAGUCCAAGUCUAUCUACACCAUGCUAAAUGAAAUACGCAGACAGUUAAAGGAAACAGGUUAUACUCCAGAUACAAGUUCUGUAUUCUAUGAUGUUGCAGAUGAUGCAAAGGAAGACUUGCUCUGGGAUCACAGCGAAAGAGAAAUUGUUGUCAGAGAUGCUCGGAGGUUUCACCACUUCCAGAAUGGCUCUUGUUCUUGUGGUGAUUAUUGGUGACUUCAAAAUUUUCCUAAUAUAUUUUAUAUUUUAAAAUUACCAAAAAAUAUACACAAGGAAAAAAAAAAGUUGACAGUUUACUUUAAAAAGGAAACCUAACUGUCAACUGUCAACCGCCUGUUAAUUUUGGCGGGAAGGAACGGUUCACCGUCUCCCGCGCUAAUUUACGACCUUCAUCUUCACCUCAAUAAAUACCCUUAGACCUGCCGCUCCUUCAUCAUCAUUUCCAGCCUCCUUACUGUCCUGCAACGCCGGAAACAUGUCUCGCCUUCUUGCAUUCGUCAUAGUCCUCCUUGCAGUGGCAGCCUCCGGUGGAGCUCAGGAGCCGGCUGCUUCCCCGGAGCUCUCCACCACCACUUCAUCCCCAACCUCCAUCCCCAUCUCAUCUCCAGCUCCUAUCUCCUCCACUGAGUCCUCCCCUACUCCAUCUUCUUCUCCAGUCUCAUCCCCAUCUCCAUCCACAUCUCCAUCGUCAUCCCCAUCCAUUGCUCCAACCACUUCUUCACCUCCACCGGAAGUUAGCUCCCCAGUUGAAGCCCCGGGG